CAGUCAAAACCACACCCCGGCAGGAGUCUCGCACGUUCCGGCACCCGAGCAGAGGCAGACGGCAGACGGAAGUUUCCCUCAAAGCUCACACGGAAGCCAACAUAAAUGUUUCCCGAAGAAACAAAAAAACAAACUCACGGGGUCAGCGACGCGCACGCGCACCGGCGCACCGCCCCGCCACGACCGCCACCGUCCCGCGCGCCGUGCGUCACGGCUACAUAAGGGGCGUGGACCUGCCCGCAGGCACGGACGCGCCCCGUCACGUAGUAAUGGCGGAAAGGAUGGAUCGCCUACGCGGGAGCGCGCUGCGGAAGCGGCCGCCGGCGAUAGACGCGGCGCGCGCCGAGUCGGAGACGGGCGAGGGCCGCGAGGAGCCGGUGAGCCCGACGGGGCGGCUGUUCCGGGAGCCGCACUUCAGCUGCUACAUCGUGUCCGUAUUCGGCCUCGGCGCGCGGGUCGACCUCGCCGCCGUGCGCGCCGGGCUCGAGGCCACGCUCGCGCGCCACCCCCGCUUCUGCAGCAUCCAGGUGAUGGACGAGCUGGAGGAGGACGCGAGGCCCAAGUGGGUCCGGACCACGGUGGACCUCGACGACCACGUCGUCGUCCCGGACCUGGAGCCCACCGGCACGUCGGCAGACCCAGACAGGGCCCUGGAGAGCUACGUGUCGUCUCUGUCCACGCGCCCCAUGGACCACUCCCGCCCGCUCUGGGAGCUGCACGUCCUCAACUUCCCCACCUCCGACGCCGACGCCGCCGUCGUGCUCCGCGUGCACCACUCCGUCGGCGACGGCGUCUCGCUCCUGUCCCUCUUCAUCGCCUGCACCCGCCGCGCCGCGGACCCGGACGCGCUGCCGGAGCUGCCGGCCACCGCCGCCCCCCGUCGCUCUGGCCCCGUGUACGCCCUGCCUUCGGGCCCGCUGCUCGCGCCGUCGUCAUGGGGCGCCCUGGCGGCCCUCGCCGCGUGGGUCGUGUCGCUGCUCCUGCUCGCGUGGCACACGCUGGUGGACAUUCUGUGCUUCUCCGCGACGGCGACGUCGAUGCUGCGCGACCCGCCCACGCUGUUCAAGGGCGCGGAGGGCGCGGAGUUCCGGCCCAAGCGCUUCGUGAACCGCACGCUCAGCCUCGACGACGUCAAGUACGUCAAGAACACCAUGAACUGCACGGUGAACGAUGUGCUGCUUGGGGUGACCUCUGCGGCAUUGUCUCGGUUUUAUUUUCGGAAAACAGGAGAAAGUGGUAGAAAGAGCAUCAAGGUGCGGUCUACUCUUCUUGUGAACCUGAGGAAGACGCCCGGUCUACAUGCACUGGCUACGAUGAUGCAGUCCGGCAAGGACAACGGCGCCGAGUGGGGGAAUCGGCUUGGCUACAUGAUACUCCCGUUCCACAUAGCCAUGCACGACGACGACCCUCUCGAGUACGUCCGGAAGGCCACCAAGGUCGCGCGCAGGAAGAAGAGCUCCAUGGAAUCGAUCUUCACCUACUGGAGUGCGUCCAUGAUCAUGAAAAUCUUUGGAAUCAAGGCAGCAGCUUCUCUGUGCUACGGCAUGAUGAGGAACACCACCCUGUCCUUCUCCAACAUGGCCGGUCCAACCGAGCAGGUGGUGUUCUACGGCCACCCGAUUGUCUACGUUGCCCCCAGCGUCUAUGGCCACCCACAUGCACUGACCAUGCAUUAUCAGAGUUACAUGAACAUUAUCAAGCUAGUACUAGCAGUAGAGGAGGAACAGUUUCCGGAUGCUCAUGAGCUUCUGGAUGACUUUGCCGUGUCUCUCAAGCUCAUUCGGGAGGCAGCUUCAGCAAAAAACACAAGACACACAUAAGGAUGUUGCUCAGUAGAAUGUACUCCCUCCAUACCUAAAUAUAAGUCGUUUUGGUAGGCUAAACUAGCCUAUAAAAAAAAUCCAAAGAUUCUCGACGUAGCUAGUAUUACAAUGGCAGGGCUCGAUCAUAGAUUUUCUUCUUGAUGUAUUCUUCCAUUGGUAAGGACUGACCAUGGUAUUUCCAAAUAUUCAUGUAUUGCUACAAUUGCAGCGUUGUGGGGAUCGACCAUCUGUGAUGAACAUUACGUGUAAGAAACAGAGUUGGAUGCUUUCUCUUCAUGCAAAAAAACAAAGCUUAUGUGUACAGACUA